UCAUUUGGAACUGCAUCCAGUCUACACGAAUUCGCGUUUCCUUAAAGGAAAUGGAGUUGUUGAAGGAAUUCCUGCAAUGAUACCACCGCAGUAUUAUCCAUUCAUCCCACCGGUAGUACAUAAUCGUCGCAGAAGAUCUAUCGAUGGGGGACUCGAUACUACAGAGCAGAAGACCAAACGUAGUAAGGACGAUGAUGUGGCCAAGAAGUCGACCUUAGAGAAUAACAAACUGUCAGUGUUUGAUGCGCAAAGUCAAGAUGAGAAACGCGUGAACGUGCGACAAAGCAGUGGUCUGUUUGGUUUGGAUCCAUCGAACAUGUAUACAUAUUAUCAGCAACAGACUCCCACACAAUCGAAUCUAGCGGAAUACGACACAAAUUCUAUGAAAGACGCGAGCCAGCAAGCACGAGCGAAUUCUGAGGCAGAGACAGAAGAGCAAAUAUUAAGACGAAAAGAGGGAAACCCUGUAAAAAUUACAUUCCCCCAAGUGAACAUGGAAAAUCUCCAACAUGCAAUGCUUCUACAACGAUCUGCUUCUCAAUCAGAACAGCAACAACAAGUGGAACAGAAUGGAGAAGAGCUUGCUGCUGAUACCAAGUCAACGUCUGAUUCCGAUGAGUCGUCAGCAACUUCACUUAGCGCCAGGACGAAAAAUCAUGCGCAUCAACAUAUUAAG